CCACCAGGAAAAGCAUCAGCAGCAGAAGCCACUGGGGGAAGUGGAGGGUGAAAUCAACAGGCUCUUUCAUACUAUGAAGCCGGACGGCUAGCAGCAAGGAGCCUGAGCCCUCACUGAGAAAGGAACUGAGAUGGGGCCCUCCCUCUUCAUGCUGUUGGUUUUGGUGCUACAUGCUGGGGCCUGGCCAGACCUGGGACAAUCCAAACAGAGUUCCCAGAAGUGCGUCCGAUGCUGCAGCCCUGCAGGACCCCCUGCUGCUGUCCCUGCCCCUUCCAGUAGGAUGAGUAACUAUCCUUCAUGGGUGAUGCCCCGGCUGCAGCCCACCAUUGACAUCACCAUCCUUAAAGGAGAAAAAGGUGAAUCAGGAGAAAAAGGCCAAUCUGGAGUCAGUGGGAAGGAGGGGAUUCCGGGCCAACGGGGAUACAGAGGAAGGAAAGGCCAGAAGGGACAAAUCGGAUUGCCAGGAAAUUCCUGCAAGCACGUCUAUGAAGCCUUCUCCGUGGGCCGGAAGAAGGUCCUCCACAGUUCUGACUACUUCCUAGAUGUCACGUUUGACACAGAAUUCGUGAAUCUCUACAAGCAUUUUAACAUGUUCACGGGGAGGUUUUCCUGCUACGUGGCUGGCAUCUACUUCUUCAACCUGAAUGUACACACCUGGAACUUCAAGGAGACCUACCUGCACCUGAUGAGGAAUGACCAGGAGGCAGCCAUCCUGUACACGCAGCCCAGUGAUCGGAGUAUCAUGCAGAGUCAGAGCCUUAUGCUGGACCUGGAAGAGGGAGAUGAGGUCUGGGUACGGAUGUUCAAGAGAGAACGAGAGAAUGCCAUCUACAGUGAGGAGUCUGACAUUUACAUCACCUUCAAUGGCCACUUGAUUAAAGCUGCUGAGGACUAGCUGCCCCUUUCCCAACUCCCCCAAGGCCCAAAGUCAGGAAUACAUGGAUCAAGUACCAAGUGCAGGGUAUGGUAGGACAUUGUGUGGGCAACAGCUAAGCCAAGUGGACCAUCCAUCCUAUGUCUAGGAAUAGUAUCUGGGAAUCUGGGGCCUGUAGAGACAGAUGAGCCAAAUGGACCAUUCAUCCCACAUCCAGGGACAUUAACUGGUCACAUAGCCAAGCUAGGGCAUGGGGGAGGGAGGGAGAAGUAUCCAUCACAUGUGCAACACUCCUCCUAGUGUAGACACAAGACUGGGAUAGAUUCCUACCUCACAGGGUAAGUGACCCAAACAACUUUUAUCAGAGGCAUGAGGUGCUAUGUCGUUCCCCUAGGCAAAAUUAAUUGGCGCCAAGUUGGAUGCACUUUUGGUCCUAAAUGACUUGAGUUGUCUACACAAGCACAGUUUAGCAGAUGACUAUCCACCUUUUUCCUUUCCUUUGUGCUAUUUAGACCAAAGUUUAUAACCCUAAGAAGAUUGCUCUUUCAACCCCCCUGCACAGAUGGUUCAUGCAAUCUCUGUCUCUCUACACACAUAUACAUGCACACACACACACAUAUAUAUACACACAAAUAUUAUGUGUGUAUAUUUACAUGUGUAUAUAUACACAUAUGUAAAUGGGAAGCACCAUUUUCAAGGAGCUUGUUCACUUAAUACCUGAUAAGGGAGAAUACUGUCAGCAUCACAUUUGCAAUUAUGGUCUUCUAUUGAAACUUAACUUUUCAUGGCUACAAGUCUUGUCCUCCUUGGCUAGACUGUCAGCUCCUCCAUGGCAGGUCACCUGUUCCAUUUCUCAGUCCCCUACACAAUGUAGCUGAGCGUGGACCUCAGUGCUUGGUAACUAAGGGAUCCAGUUGUUCUGUUGCUAUUGGAUGGUGCCUCUUAUUCACUGCUCUU